AUGGUCGUUUUGCUCCUCGUCCUAUGCGUGUCUUCCGUCCGCGCCGCCUAUGUUGAAUUCCACAAUUGUCUGGACAGCAAUAUUGUCGAUUCGAGUCCGCGCAUCCUACAAUUUGACCCUUUCAAUGUAUCCGCCGUGUUCAAUAGCUCUUCAACCUCGGACCGGCACCAUCUGAAUAUCACAAUUUAUGGCAAUGUUACUGGAAAGGCCACUGAACAACCUUAUCCCCCUCCUGAUGAUCCAUCGUGGAACGAUCCAAAUGACACCUUUGGAAAGAUCCCCGAUUUGAGCGAGUCAAACAACAAGUACACCACUCUCUUCACCCAUGUCAAUUUUCUAGGUUACACUCCAUGGAAUGCAGAUCCUUCGCGAUUUUGCGAGUCGGUAGUCCAAGGUGAAUGUCCUUUGGCUCCCGCCUUCUUCGUCAACCAGAGCGACCUGGACCGUUUAUCCGCAUUCUCUGUCGCGCACGAUUUAUCCUCCAGUUACGCUUUUGCCUCACUUCAAGCCACGUUGAGAGUUCAGUCAGGUGAUGCAAGCGGGCAAUAUUACAGCUGCGUCACCGCUACAAUCACUCCCGAUCUAGGAGGAUCUCUCAAGGCCAUACUCAGAUUUGUACCGCUCGUGGUGUUGAUCGUGGUCGGAGUCGCUACCAUCGCCGCCGCCAUUCUGAGUCCGUGGGGGUCCGUGGACCUGUUUCAUUGGAGCAGCAAUUUUGGGCGUGACGAAGACUUGCUACGUCUAGUUACUCCAGGAUUCGGGGACUGCUUGCAAUACGUUCAAUUUGUUGUGCUGACUGGCAGUUUGUCGUUGAAUUAUCCUGGCUUCUAUCAACCAGCAGUAAGCCGCGUCUCAUGGUCCUCGCUUAUGUUCAACGAGAGUUUUGUGACUGGCGGAAAUGGCACACAGAGCGUGGUGGACGGUAUCUACGAAUAUCGUCAGGGCACCAAAUAUGGUCUUGAUCGAAUGAGCCAACUGGUCGGCAUGACCUCAGACAAAGACGUCUGGGCAGAUAUGAUCGUCUGGCUGGUGGUCAUUGUUGCUGCCGUCUCAAUUCUAACGCAAAUAGGAUUCGCGGUCCGCUGGAUCUACCGAAAGAUCAAGAGGGAGCCGCCAGAGGAUCUCCGUUCCAAGAACGGACCGUUCACGGCUGGAAAUGUCGUCCGGCUGGUUAUGAACUUCUUCUUGCUACCUCUAGCAUCACUGUCUUUCUAUCAGCUCCUGAUUGCAGGGAAAGGGCCAGCAUACUCCGUCGCAUUAGCAGCCGUGGCGCUGGUUGUCGUCAUCGCUUUUUUGAUCUGGGUACUGUUGUUGUUUGUUCGGACAAGACCACGCUCGUUCCUCUUCGACGACUUUCUGAUGGUACUCGCCUACGGACCUCUAUACAACACCUACUGUGACGACGCCGCCACUUUUGCGCUGAUUCCGCUUGUCGUUAACUUUGUCCGCGGCAUCGCAAUUGGAGGGGUCCAGCCGUCUGGCAUCGCGCAAAUCGUGCUCCUGGCAAUAUGUGAGAUUGUUCUAAUUCUUACAAUCAACGCUUUCCGGCCAUUUCCGUCAGCCACCUCCAUGAACAUCUAUCACACUUGUUUUUCGGUCAUCCGACUCAUCACCAUUCUUCUUUCUAUAGCUUUUGUGCCUACCUUGGACGUUGGAGAUUCGUCGAGAGGCUGGAUCGGGUAUGCAAUCCUCAUUAUUCAUGCUUGCACCAUGGUUUUUGGGUUCUUCCUGAAUGCCGUACAAACUUUGGUUGAAGUCAUUGCUCGUCUUGCUGGCGCUGGCGGACGGGAUGAAGCAACAGGGGCCGCUACUAGAGGUGGGUUGAACAAGGUGUUUGGAAUGCGACAACUUUCUCGACGGAUGCCGCGGCGGGCUACCCAGGACCCGCGCCAUAGCAUGUCAUCGAACGCGGCCAUGCUGAACACGGUUGAAAAUGAUCACCAGAAGCUACAGAUGGCCAAGACUAGGUCUCGCAGUGUUUCGGCGGCGUCGGGCGUUCUGUUAGAGAGCGGCGUGCACUCCAACAGGAUCAGCCAGAACCUUGAUGGCUGCGUUGUUGGCAACGCGACGCCUGAUAGAUCCAGCAGGGGAUCAAGGCGACUUACCGUUCGGCUUAGUGGCGCUGGAUCCCUGGGGGGCAUUGUCGGUAUUCAAAGACAGGUGGAACAAAAAGACCCAUACUAUCGACCGCCGCGCAGAAACACAAUGGAUGCACUUGCCGGAGCCGACAGUCGCCCAGAUCUAGCCCAAGCGUCAUUGAAAGGUGCUAAAGCAAGUGAAGGAGCGGUCGAGGACGACGUCGGCGAAGGACCUUCUACUCCGAUGCCUGUGGAAAAUGAUGACUUUGAAGACAUUAGCAACGAUUUGACGAGGACAAAGACCGACUAUGCCGUGAGAGAAGUUGACUUCUAUUACGGCGUUCGUGGAGCUGCUCUUUCUAACAGCGGGACGCGGAAGCUCAAAACUGGGCCGGCCGAUCCAACAGGGCCUGUAUCCACAGCCACCGGAUGGUUCAAAAAUCUUUUGGGUGGCAAGACAAAAGAGAAGAACAAGGGAUUCGAGGUGGUCAGGAGUGCCCGCGCUCCUCCUCCAGGGCUAUUUCCACCACCUGCUCCUGUCCGGGAACCUCAGGUUACUGAACCCUACCACGACGACGUCCGAAGCGUAGAAGAGAGCCAGACCGAUCAAAACAGCGUGGGAGUCUCGUCUCCCCCUCCACAACCCAAGGUCCAGAGACAGAGUCACCAUCAAAGCGUCUAUGAUGACAUCUCCGUUGCAGGUUCUGACGACGAUGAGGAAAAUGAGGAACUAGAAAGUCCCGUCUCGGCAAAGCCGCCGUCGUUGCCCCUGAUAGAAUCCGUGGGUGGUAUCGAGUUGCCCAGUCGCAUUGGGUCGGAGGCUUCAAGAAAAUCCCGCGGAAAGCCCCCGCGCGUACCUGAGACAGACAUCCCAGCAGUUCCUGCCAUUCCUAGGAAGAGUUCACGACGACAAUCAGGUGGCGACUCUGGCGACAGAGGACUGGCUGACUCUGCAUUGUCUACCUUACGUCCAGCAGACUUCUCAUCCCGAAAAGCGCCAACGUCGACGUUGGGUACUAGCCGUAUCCCUUUUGCGAAUACACAGCCUUCAACAUUUCGCAACAAGAGGUACUCGACUGGGGCAGAAUCGACCACGUCGAGCGUGCUUCGCGAUGGAGACGAGAAUGCUACCGUGCACCCCUCAUAUACAACUCAGAUGCGCCAGUCGGCCACAUCCGCGUUAGGGACCCACGGAGCCGAUCUUCGCAAUGAGCGGCCGUCAAAUAUGGGUUUUGUGCAACAACACAGAGCAAGCGACCAUAUCCACCAAAGUCCGGAUUCGCCAGAGUUUGAAGGUAGCACCGCAGAAGUCCAUGGGCGUCCGGCAUACUGA